AUGAUUGUAAGUCCCAAGAGCAUAUAAGAAGUGGGCAGAUUUUCAAGAAAUUUUUCGACAUAUUGUAAAUGGUUGUCAUGCCCAUUCUACUUCUUUUCAUCGCCUACCGCUUUGAGCAGCAUGACUGUGUGGAGGAAGAGGUUUAACUUCAAGUUCUCUCCACAAUAUAUCUGAAAAAAUAUAAGUCAAAAAUAUUCUUAAACGUUUCUUUGUGUGAACUGCAUACUGAAAAAUUGGCUGCUCUUUGUUGAUAAUUAGGUUUAAACGGCCGACAAACGACGGUCAUUUGAGGAGCUGCAAAGUUGAGAACAAAGGCAUUAAUGUUGCUUUAGUUGUAAGAAUUUUGAGGGCAUUUUACUCACGAAGCGCAAAAUAGGCUUUAGAAGUUUGCAGUUAUACUCAACAAAAUACGACAACUACGACGAGCGGUCGUCAACCAUCGAAGUUGUCUCUCGAGAAGUAAAAGAACUGAUGCGCCGAAAGAAUUAUUUGUUGUUGGCUUGAGUAGGACUACCAAAGAUAACGCUUGCUUCGUGAAUUUUUAGAAUUGGAUUUCCUUUAGCAUUCGUAUGUAGAACUGGGUAACCUUGGACGGAUUUUCUCUUUUUAGCAACCAGAUUGCGGGUCUGCGAACAUUAACUGUGUCCUAUUGCAUUUCUUUUAUUCUAAACUAACGUUACGCAAUCGACUAAAGAUAUUCCCAGCGAUACUCUGUGAAUGGACAUAGAAGAAUAUUUCAUGCUAGCCACUUCUGCAAACCGUUCGUAGUAGUAAAACGAAUACUAAUAAUCAGUGCUUUACCUCUUCUUGUGCCAACUCCUGGUACAAUCGAAUGUCGAAGAAUUAAGAAGGUUUUAAUGGACCCUUUUCUGUUCAGUGGCCUCCGUUCGUAUUUCAGUCAAUUGUAAUCAUGUUUUCGCUCUGUUUACCGUCAAUGUACACACGAUGGUUGCAAACUGAAGUUAAGGCGCAAUCUCAAACGUUAACCAUACGGAGACGCUGUCAUGAAUUAUGGGAUAGCAAAAACUGUUUAGCAAAAGACUUUGUCUGCAUAAAUUAAUAACGCUUCAAGGUCAAAAUCCCUUAUGAACGUAACCGUAUGAGCAACAUUAAACGGUUGGCGUCUUCUGUGGUAUUUUAUUCCAUUGUAGCAGAAUAGGAGGAGGUCCAUGUAAAGGUCUUAAAUUUUUGCCUGAAACCGUUUCGUUGUCUCUGUGCAACUGUUCGGCACUUUUCUCACUGAACGUAAUUGAUACGUUUGGGAGAAGCCUAUUUUUCCUAGUCUACUCUGCAAAUGCAUAAUAGAACUAUCCGGUGUCAUUUCUUACGCCCACGGUCUUUCCAGUUGGAUUAACUGACGCCCUCAUAUGGGUUAGCCAAUUAGAAGCUUCCAACAAGCCGAUCGAGCGGCUUCCACAGCGCAUCGGCGUAUUCUGAUAAAAAGGGGCUGGUUGCCCCUCUUUUUCUCCGCUCAUAGACUACAAAACAUGACCCUAACAACCUACUUCUGCUUUGUACUCAGUCUCUCCGCACUCGGUAGGUCGCCCACAAUUUAUUCCUGGCGGUGCGCCUUAAAAUUUCAGUUUGGCAUGUUUAGAACUGAAAUUUUUUGUUUCUUGCCAGCACUCAGUCAAGUCAAAGAGCUAAUAAUACAUCGCAAUCCUGGGACACGAAUCAACAAUGAGUUUUUUACUGUCGAAUUUGUUGCACGGGUAUGAUUGAUUUUAGCAGUCAGUUCUAAUUUCGGUCUCUUUUAUUUCACACUGGGCUGAAAUGUAAAUCGGCCUACAAUGACCUAAUUAAUACUCAUCCUAGAAGCGAACUUCAAAGGCUUUUUUUCAUUCCACAGGCAAUAAGGGAGGCAUGCGAUGAUACUGGCAGAGUAUGCGGUCAUAUCAGCGGUAAGACACCCUUAAGUAGUAAUAAAGCACCCCCCACCAAAUAUCCUGUCGAAUUCAUUCGCGUUUCUUUUGGCAGGUCACAGGGAGACGUUUACCAUUCCUGCGGGUACCAAAAUCUCGACCGACACAAAUUAUAUCACGGUUAACAAAUUGGAAGGCGUAGGCGCUUACAUUGAAAUAAACGGUAAGUGGUUUUGUGUUUAGCCUAAUACUGUUUGAUGCAAAUAACUGACCGUCGUAAACUUUAUUUUUGUAGAUAAUCCUCCACUUGAUGGAGUUACGUCACUUGGUCGGUUGGACGUGGUCAACGGUGAAGUCGUGAAAAACAGAGUGUUCACGGCCCAAUUCCUCGUAACGGUGAGUAUAUCUGCCUAUCAUAAUGCUGAUAACUAAACAUUAAUUGCCAUAAAUGCAAGUCGCUUCACUGCUUAUUUAGGGCACCAAUCCACAACUUCCAUUGGCAUCUUUUAAAAGUAAGCAAAGUAAACUGCUUAUUUAGCCGAUUUAUACUUGUUUUGUAGUUGAUUCUGUCGGUAAAAAUCGGAUAUUUUUGAGAAUCCCUGAUUGGUAGGCACGAUUACUAUAAAUGAAAGUGAAACUCUUGUGUUGGCCUUGCGGAGAAAAAAAUUUAAUUUUGACAUCCAGGCCCCGCCUUAAAACGUUACUUACUUUUGCGUCUAAUGAAGUACCUCCUAGCAUAUUGCUCCGUCGCUGAAUAUACACCUUUAUUCAAAGAAAAAGCAGUUGUUUACCGUUAUUAUAAUUGCGUUACAUGUUCAGUGACUACCAUAUUAAAAUAUGUAGUCUUAGUAGUAAGAAUAGGUUAUGCUUAUAACUCGCCAGUGAUUCGUUUCCAUGCCCGCAUUUCACAUUUGGGAUAAUAAGACAUUUCAGCCGACCGAAACGUAUUAAGUUAGGACACAGGCCUAAAAGACAUAGUGAUAGCUUUAGCUUUGCCAUCAUCCUAAGUAUCGUCCUGUUUUCCAGCUAAUGCUGAUUGUCUUUUGACUUGGUACAUGUAAUUAAUAUUAAAUAGUAAUUUUAGUAAAUGGACCAUCAGGAGAUGACCAUACAGUGGCAGGUUCUAGUCUAUAUGGCGCAGUCAGUGAUCGAUCACAUGAAAUGACGACCGAAAUUUUGAAACGCAUAGUCGAUUAAGAAGGAUUAUCAAAGUGGUGUUGUAAUACCCGUCAUCUUACGGCAGUAACAUUUUAAGCACACCAGUGUGGUGUAUAAAUUUAUUUCUUUCCGGCCGCCUGAAGAAACCAAAUCCUUUAAAAAACUACUGCUCAAUUAAUGGGCAUUUUUUAUUGCUUUUUGAUACUCCUAACAUUUCAAAAAUACAGUAGAUGUGCUAACUCAUGAAAUGUCAACCAAAAUUUCGAAAUGCGUUCUGGUUUCGAAAAGAUAAAUUAAGUAGUGUUGUAAAACUAAUCAUGAUGCAGCACAAAUCUAUAAUGAUCCAGUUACCUCAGGGUGUCGGCUUUCGAAAGAACUUAUUUCCGACUACAUGCAAGAUCUAUACUCUGCAAAAAAGACUGCUUAUGUAGUAUGCAAUUUUCUCAUUGAUUUUCAAUGCCCUCGAAAAUUCAAUUAUAUUUCAUGAAAACAUGCAUAAAAAUGUUCAUUCUUUUACUUAUCCGGUAGAAAAUCACGUCUUCUUCCAAUUUCAUACUCAAAAGAAGAGUAUAAUUCGGUUUUAAAAACGUUUCUAAUUGUGAGAUUUUUUAUUACCGUUAAAUGGCCGUUCAUGAAACGUCAUGUAUGUGCAUUUACGAAUGUGGCUUGUAAAGUUAACAAUAUUACUCAAAUCCACUGCUUAAUUUUAUGAACCUCAUAUGGCCUCCUCUUAACACCGUAGAAAAAUGCUUGGUUUUCCGUACACGAAAAAUAUACAGCUUGUAGUUUUGAAACCCUGAAUGCAAGUGUAACAGCAGGUCGGGUUCAAAAUUAUUCGGGAAUUAGAAAAGUUUUUAAAACCGAAGUAUACUCUUCUUUUUAGUAUGAAAUUGAAGUAGGACGUGAUUUUCUACUGAAUAAGUAAAAGAAUGAACAUUUUUAUGCAUGUUUUCCAUGAAAUAUAAUUGAAUUUUCAAGGGCAUCGAAAAUCAAUGAGAAAAUUGCAUACUACAUAAGCAGUCUUUUUUGCAGAGUAUAGAUCUUGCAUGUAGUCGAAAAUAAGUUCUUUCGAAAGCCGACACCCUGAGGUAACUGGAUCAUUAUAGAUUUGUGCUGCAUCAUGAUUAGUUUUACAACACUACUUAAUUUAUCUUUUCGAAACCAGAACGCAUUUCGAAAUUUUGGUUGACAUUUCAUGAGUUAGCACAUUUACUGUAUUUGCAGAAAAAACGCAAGAAAAUCUUUUUCUUGCAGUCGUUCGGUAGGAAAUCAUGUCUUCUUAAAUUUUUUUAUUUGGGGAAAGUAUAUCUUUCGGUUUUAAAAGUUUCUGAUUAUGAGAUUUUUGGAGGCUGUACAAUGUCCACUCUGGCUGCAUUGCAUUUGUCUGUCCAUAAUUGCUUCCCAUAAAUUAUGCAACGUAAUCCAUAUCAAUUGCAAAAUUCGAUGAGCCCUGUAUAGCCCCUCCGCAAGGGAAUAUAAAAAUUAAUGUUUCUGUUACGCGGGCAGUAUACAGCUAGUAAAUUGACAACCCUAAAUGUAAAUGGAGGAGCAGAUAGAUCUCAAAAUUAUUGUGGAUUCGAAAACAUUUUACAAACCCAAACCAUUCCCUUUUUAAAGAUAAGUUUGAAAAAUACCUCAUCAUCUACCAAAUGACUGAAAGAAAGAAGAUUUUUAUGCACGAUUUUUGUAAACUACAUAUAAAUGUAUAAAGGCAUCGAAAAUCAGUAAAAACUGCUCACUAUUUAGGUAGUCAUUUUUUUUACCGAGAACGACCAUUGCGGGCGGCCGAAAAGAAAAGGAUCUAAAAGCCAGCACCCUGACGUGUCUGAAAUCCCACGGAAUUAUGUCGUUAGUUGAUCAAUAUUACAAUCCCACCUUUGUAGGUGCCCUUCCUAAUCAAAGUCGCAUUUCAUUAUUUCAGUCAGCAAUUGAGGACAUCGGUCACCGACUGUAUUAUUUCUGCAUUACUGCAGGACGUGAAUAAGCAGACGCACCGAAGGACUCAGUAUAAACACUGACCCCCCCCUUAACUGAUUACAUAUAUUUUUUUCAGAUGAGACAGUGGUCCUGCUGAAUGGGCCAGUGGGCAAUGAGCGAGUCAGUUUCACGCUCGCGGAAAAAAAUGAUGGAAGCGGAGACACUUUUGUACUGACAGUCGAUCCAACCGGUGUGCCACCUGCCCAAAUCCUACAUGAUCUCGCGUCACACAGGGAUGGAAACCGAAACAAAUUUGCACGGAAUGUCCAGCUCCGCAGGGCAAUAACAAAUGGGUCAGCUGCCGCGGCCUCAAAGGACUUCUGCCUUGCCGUCCUCCUGAUAAUGUUGACGAAGCUGUUCUCCGAAAUUUAACUUUUCUGACAUGGAACCGUCAGUCUGUGCAAGUCACAUCAGAGUAAACAUGCUGGUUGCAUUUGUUACUCUUUUUUGGGAAUAAAGCAAGGCGAGUAAAGGCGUAAAGACAUUUUGGUUGGUUGGAAAUUCGCAGGCAACCACAGCCCGUAAGGAUUGAAAAACCGCAAUUCAUAGACAUGGGGUCAUCGCGAAGCGAAUUGAAAAGGCCAAUUGUAGACUACUGAAGUCAUCGCAAAGCAGUCUUGCAGAUGAAAAUUCUCCCAUUCAGACCUCGCAAGUGGCGAUAACAUACUUCUGAGGGUUGGUCUUUUGGCAGGAUCACACUCUGCGGGUGUAACAGAUCCUCCCUCUCACAAAGCACCCCUAUGGGUGUCAAAUGGUAAACGCUUUCUGUACUAGAAUUUCAGGGUUUGGGCAUCCGGUCGGUGGGACAUUUGUUAAUGAUACUGACGAUUAAUCGCUCUCGGCAGACUGGAAAAAUGAGCCCCACUGAUGAGCACUGUUCCCAACGCCAGGGUCGGUGGGUCAGAUAGUUGAACAAUCAUCACAUCAGCGUACAGCAUGCGUUUUGACGCUGCAGCGAUUAACUACGCGAAUACUGACCAUCGAACGAUCAUCAAACCAAGUGUAACAAUCCCUGACGAAGGGGGGAGCCAUGAAUUUCCAUAGGUAUGCGGUCUCAUGGCAAUUACCUCCCAUAAAUACUGCGGACCCUUGUGCGUGAACUGUCCCAAUCUGCCAUUAGCUCUGAUAAUGGGUUUGAGCAGGAAUCCGAAAAGUUGGACGAAUGAAACUCCUUCCCCUGCGAUCCUGUCUCCUUCUUCAUGAUUCCUUCCUGUGACUAUCCCCUUCGUUUCCAUUGGUAAUGUCAUUGUUUUGAUGACGAACAUUUGUAUACCGUGUUUCUGUCUGGGCUUGGGGCAUUGUUGUAACAUCAUUUGAAAAAUGUGUCUUUUAGUGAUUUACACUGUUUUCCAUCCCCAAAAAUCAAAUAUGUAAGGCUUCGCUUUUUUGUCAUAGUUCAAAUAGGCUGGUAGACGACUUUACGUAUCCCCAAAUAUCCAUUUUUUUCUCAGACACAAGAAAACUUGUCCAUGUGGGUCUUUAUGCGUGGCUUCCUUUCAGCAAAGCAGACGUCAGCUGCCUCUAAAGCCGACACGAUUCGGAACUGAGUAGUAAUGCCAGUAAUUUAAAGAAUUUCAGCACUCUCAGAAGGAUGGUCUGCAGGUUACCAAGUGAGGAGAGCGAUAUAUGGCAGACUGGAAAAUGAAUAUUUUGCAGCGAGGUAGGAAAAUGAUGAGAUUGAUAAUUUUGGGAAGCUGCUAGGCACUUUAUCUUUAUCUACAGCUAGUAAGAGAUUGGUCAAGAGAUAGUGUAUGGUUUGCAGUGUGGACGGAAGCAAAAACUGCAAAAUUAUUCUAUAGUACAAGAUGGUUGUAGCGUGGAAAUCCAUACCCGCAGAGAUUAUUCACUCCUCAUAUGUGGGUUCGUUGAAGGCUAAACUUGGCACGCAUUCAAUAUCUAACUUUUCCGUAACACUCACUUGCCAUUAGUUUACUUUUUAAAUGUACAUACUAUUAUACUACUCGCGACUAUUAGGUACGCCUUAAAUUUGUAUUUUCACAUACUUCAGCCUGCUAACUACAGUAGGGGGGGGGGCUAACUCGUGAAAUGUCAACCGAAAUUCCGAAAUGCCUUUUCGUUUCGAAAAGACUAAUUAAGUAGGGUUGUAAGACCAAUCAUCCUGCAGCAUAAUUCUAUAAUAAUUCAAUUAUCUCCGGAUGCCGGCUUUCGAACGAACCUCUUUCCGGUCUCAUGCAAAAGCCGGACUGUGAAAAAUAACUACCUAAUCAGAAGAAGAAGCGAUCGCUGGAACAAUGGCUUUAUUCGCCUCUUGUAUCGGCAAUUUUUUUGGGCGCGACGCGCUCCGAUCGGCCCGACGAUGGGAAACUUUCGCCCUUCGAGAGGCCUCUACUUACGCGCAGAUCCGGUUUCUGCACAGGUGUCUCGAUAACAACGUGUUGCCGAAGUGUGUUUCAUACAAACCUCCGGUAAACACGGAGCUAGCGAGACGCGCAGUAUUAGGCGAAUAAAGUCAUUGUUCCAGCGAUCGCUUCUUCUUCUGAUCAACUAGUUCCUGGAACUCGCAUUUUCGCUUGUAUCGUCAAUAACUACUUAAUUAACAUGCGCUUUUCCCAAUGAUUUUCGAUGUCCUUAAAAAUGCAAUCAUAUUUCAUGGAAAGCAGGCAAAAAAUAUUCAUUCGCUUGGUAGAUAAUUACGUCCUCUUCCAAUUUUAUACUCGAAGGAAUUCGGCUUUAAAAUUUUCUAAUUGUGAGAUUCUUUAAGACCGUGAAAUGACCGUUCAUAAAACGUCAUGUCCCUGCAUUUAACAGUCGGGCUUGUAAAGUUAACAAAACGGCUCAAAUCCACUGCUAAAUUUUAUGAGCCCCAUAUUGCCUCCUCUUAACUGGUAGAUAAAUAUAUGAUUUUCCGUAUGCGGAAAAUAUGCGCCUUGUAGUUUGGAAGCCCUGAAUGAAAGUAAAAGGGCAGGUGUUCAAAAUUAUUCGGGAAUUGGAAAAGUAUUUGAAAACUGAAUUAUACUCUUCCUUCGAGCAUAAAAUUUGGGAAAAGACGUAAUUUUCUACCGAAUGAGCAAAAUAAUGAAUAUUUUUUUGCCUUACUUCCUUGAAAUACAAUUGAAUUCGUAGGGGUAUCUAAAAUCAAUGAAACGAAUGCAUACGACUUACGUAGUCAUUUUUUACAGAGUAUCGUUUUUGCAUGCAGCCGAAAAGAGGUUCGUUCAAAAGCCGGCGUCCUGUGGUAACUGAAUUAUUUUAGAUUUAUGUUGCGCGACGAUUAAUUUUAAGCUUUAUUUAAAUAAGCUUUUCGAAACGAAAACCCAUUUCGGAAUUUCGGUUGACAUUUAACAAGUUAGCCCUCCUACCGUUUUUGUCACAUUCAUAGAUGCAAACAGCCUCACUUUUAAAGGUUUUAUGUAUUCGUGUUGUUUUCAGUGUUUCUGUAACCAAUAGAAAUUUUAAAAGCGUUAGGCUAUCUUUCCCUCAAUAAAACUAAACUCAAAUUGUAAACAGAAAACGCCCGGCGCUAAGCGGGACAUUUUGCGUUUAACUUAUGUAGAACGAGAGAGAAAAUGAGAUCUGAAAAAAGAGCCCAAUAAAGUAAGGCCGUCUCCUGCAUCAAGUCAUUACAGAAAACAAGAGCCUCUGGGUGUUUUCGGAAAACCUCUAACUAAACUCUGUUCGCGAUAUUUGUUUCACGGAAAAAAAUACGGCCGGUAACAUGCGCCUGAGGAGCAAAUCCUAGUAGACUUAAAAGGACUCAGACAUAGAAACGUGAUUGGUGAAACAUCAAUAUCAAGCGACGGCGAACUCAGAACAUGGGUCGGAGCAAUUCGAUGCUGGUUGUUGUGCGUGUUUUGCGCAUUAAAGCAACAAUGCAUAGAACUUCGGGCGUACAAGUGAAAAUGACGACAGAAAUUGGGAAUGUACAUAACUCACCUACUAGAGCGUUUGAUUUUUCAAAAAACUCUAUAAAUAUGCAAAAAAUUAUAGUAUAAAGUCUCUGAACUUGGCAGGAAAAUGAAUGCGUUUAGUAGGCAAGGAGUUUUGUGGGCAAGGAGUGUCGUAAUGGAUUGGUUGGGUGAAUAAAUGAGUGUGGUGUUGGCAGGUUCGAGUCACGGACAGUGCAGCUGUCCCAGGGCCAUUCGCAGUGACCAACGGAGUGAAGCGGGACUGCGUCCUCGCGCCUACUCUCUUCAGCCUCAUGUUCACUGCCAUGCUGGUGGACGCCUGCCAUGACGAACGCCCUGGGAUCCGCGUAGCAUACAGGACGGACGGCCACCUCCUGAACCACCUGCUAAUGCACUUCCAGUCGCGUGAAUUCACAACCACCGUCCACGAACUUUUGUUCACCGAUGACUGCGCCCUCAAUGCAACUACUGAAGGCGAUAUGCAAAGGAGCAUGGAUCUCUUCUCUGCUGCCUGCGAUAACUUCGGCCUGAUCAUAAACACGGAGAAGACGAUGGUCCUACACCAACCGCCCCCCGACGCUGCCUACGCCGCACCCCAAAUUAGCGUGAAUGAGUCGCCGAAUUUCCAGGCCAGUCGUCAACCGUUUGGUUACGCAACCCUGAAGGGUGAUGGCCCAGGCUGA